AAAUUUACAACAACAAAAAAAAAAAAAAAUAAGAAUUUGAUUUUGGGCAACUGAGAAAAUCCUCCGGCGACACCAGCAAUGGGAAGCAUGUCAAUGAGAAUCUCUCACUUACCCAGAUCAUCUCUUCCGCUGCAGAACCCAUUUUCAUGCCGGACAUCAAACAGAAAUUUCCGACAUGGGUGUUCGACGAUUUUGUCUAACAGCUUCAAGUCCACUUCAAGACUUCAAACAAAAGCUCUUGUGUCUGAGAUUUCUGAUCAGACGCAUUAUCCUAGAAUCGGAGCUAAAUCCACCGGAACUAUAUCGCCGGCACUUCUCCUUGAAGUCGUUGAACUCGCCGCUAAAACCGGCGCUGAGGUGGUUAUGGAAGCUGUAAAUAAGCCAAGGAAUAUCACUUAUAAAGGUCUCAGUGACUUAGUAACUGAUACUGAUAAAGCAAGCGAGGCUGCUAUUUUGGAAGUAGUGAAGAAGAAUUUUAGUGAUCAUCUUAUUCUUGGUGAAGAAGGUGGUAUUAUCGGCGAUUCGUCUUCUGAUUACCUCUGGUGCAUUGAUCCUCUAGAUGGAACAACAAAUUUUGCUCAUGGAUAUCCCAGUUUUGCUGUUUCUGUCGGUGUUCUGUAUCGUGGAAACCCCGCCGCUGCUUCUGUGGUUGAGUUUGUCGGUGGUCCGAUGUGUUGGAACACUCGAACCUUUUCUGCAACAGCAGGUGGUGGAGCAUUGUGUAACGGGCAAAAAAUUCAUGUCAGUGAAACUGAUGCUGUGGAGAGAGCACUUCUUAUCACAGGGUUUGGUUAUGAACAUGAUGAUGCAUGGAGUACUAACAUGGAUCUGUUCAAAGAGUUUACUGAUGUGAGUCGGGGAGUGCGAAGACUCGGUGCUGCAGCAGUUGACAUGUGUCAUGUGGCACUUGGGAUUGCGGAAUCAUAUUGGGAGUACCGUCUAAAGCCAUGGGACAUGGCUGCUGGUGUUCUUAUAGUUGAGGAAGCUGGAGGAGCUGUGACUCGGAUGGACGGAGGGAAGUUUUCUGUGUUUGAUAGGUCUGUUUUGGUUUCCAACGGCGUUCUUCACUCCAAGCUUCUGGAGAGAAUUGCACCCGCAACUGAGAAUUUGAAGUCGAAAGGAAUCGAUUUCUCGCUGUGGUUUAAACCUGAAGAGUAUCAUACAGAGCUUUAAGACUUGUUCAAAGAGGCUUCAUGGAUCAACAAACCGGUCUUCCAUCGUCCAGUCCACACUUCAUACAGACCAAACUGAAGCAUAGUAUCUUGGUUAAGCGAUGCUGG